AUGGAGGUGAAGAAAGAUGGAGGAGGAGGGGUGCCUUGGUCUUCCACAGGUCCCUCUUCUGCUCCCUCAAACCCUGCCUGCCACAGGAGCACGCUCAUGGUCUUUUUCAUCUUCUUCCUUGUGAUUGGCGUCUUUCUAGGCUUAAUUAUUGCUUUCCUGGUGCAGGAGCAGCAUUAUUUUAUGGAGACACUGGAGCUGAGAGGUCUUAAGUAUGAUCCUGCUCUCCAGGAUGGAAACUCUGCUUUCUCAAUAGUGCUGUCAUCAGUUUUAAAAUCCAAGAUUAAAAAUGUCUUCACUGCUUCUUCAAUAUCUCAUCACUUCAUUGAUUGCAGUAUUGUUGCCUAUGGUAACAUUAAUGGGGACAUCAUGGCGACAUUCAGACUGGUUUUCAGGGUGUCCAGGGUCCAGCAGUAUUCAGAUAAUUUUGUCCAGGAUUUGCUGAGAGCAGGACUCAGCUCAGCAAUGCAUGGGAGGCCACUGCAGGUGCCAGAGUAUGGAAAUAUCAGCGCUUUUUUCUUACUGGGAGCCAGUGGGAAGUCAUUUUAUGCUAUCGGGGAUGAAAUGAUAGCCAGGUGUCCUGACAACACCUUCACCUGUGACAAUGGAGAAUGUGUCACAAAGGUGAAUCCAGAAUGUGACUUCAUCCCUGAUUGUGCAGAUGGAUCUGAUGAAGCCCACUGUGCCUGUGGUACUCGUCCUGUGAUGGGUAGUCGGGUCGUGGGCGGUGAAGACGCAAGGCAAGGAGAGUUGCCAUGGCAGGUCAGUCUGAGGCUCCAUGGACGCCACACUUGUGGAGCCUCCAUUAUCAGUGAGCGCUGGCUGGUCAGUGCCGCACACUGCUUUGAGAGGGACAAUGACCCCAGGGAGUGGACAGCCCUGAUAGGAGCCAGUCUAGUGAGUGGCGAGGAAACUGAGUCCAAAAUCGUCAACAUCAAGUCCUUGGUUGUAUCUCCAGACUACAAUCCGAUGACAACAGACAAUGAUGUGACUGUGCUUGAGCUGGAGACCCCUCUCACCUUCAACUCUUACAUCCAGCCUGUCUGCCUACCCGCCACAUCUCAUAUGUUUGUCCCAGGACACAGCUGUGUGGUGUCAGGGUGGGGGGCACUGCACCAGUUUAACCCUGCGGUUCCUCCCACGCUACAGAAGGCUGUGGUUAAGAUCAUUGACUCCAAGGUCUGCAACAAGUCUUCAGUAUACAGAGGAGCUGUUACUCACAACAUGAUGUGUGCUGGAUUCCUGCAGGGCAAGGUGGACUCUUGUCAGGGGGACUCUGGAGGGCCUCUGGUGUGUGAAGGGGCCCCAGGAAGGUUCUUCCUGGCUGGAGUGGUGAGCUGGGGCAUAGGAUGCGCCCAGGUCAACAGGCCAGGGGUUUAUUCGCGUGUCACCAGGCUUCGAAACUGGAUUCUUAGCCACACAGCCCCCAGCCUGGUACAUGACUACCCCUAUCACAUGGCCACUGUGCCAGCUCCUGUGACAGGAGGAAGCGCCAAUGAUGUGCCUGUGCUCUGGCCGACAGCCACGGAUAUUUUGUCUGCUCCAACAUUACCUGUUUCAAACUGCAGUAGUAACUUUCAGUGUAGCGCCACCUCCUGCAUCAGUAAGGUCAAUCCCGAGUGUGAUGGAGUCCCAGACUGCCCCAACCAGGCCGAUGAAAGGAACUGUGACUGUGGUGUGCGCCCUGCAUUGGGCUCUCACAAGAUUGUUGGUGGAGUUACAGCAAGAAGGGGGGAGUGGCCUUGGAUUGGCAGUCUGCAGUACCAGAGACUUCAUCGUUGUGGUGCUACACUCAUUCAUAGCAAGUGGCUAAUCACAGCUGCACACUGCUUCAAAAGUGAUCCCAGCCCCACUAACUGGGCUGUAAGCCUAGGAUCUGUACUGCGUUCAGGUGUAGGAGCCCUGGUCAUCCCCAUCCAGAGAAUCAUCAUCAACCCAGCCUUCAAUGGCACCAACAUGGACCACGAUGUGGCUCUGCUAGAGCUGACAGUCCCAGCCCCCAUGUCCUACACCAUCCAAUCUGUCUGUCUCCCAUCACCAGCACAUCGCUUCCUAAAGAAUGCAGAGUGCUACAUCACGGGCUGGGGAUCCAUGAGAGAAGGAGGUUCACUGACCAACCUGCUGCAGAAAGCUGCAGUGAGCAUUAUUGAGCAGGCAGACUGCCAGCAGUCAUAUGGAAACGUACUGACUUCUAACAUGAUGUGUGCGGGUUACAUGGAGGGAGGAAGGGACACCUGUUUGGGAGACUCCGGAGGGCCGCUGACCUGCCGUCACCAGUCUGGACAGUGGUUUAUAGCUGGAGUGACCAGCUGGGGACAUGGAUGUGGGCGAACUGGUUUUCCAGGGGUUUACACUCGUGUGACCUCUGUCAGGAAAUGGAUAUCUACAUACCUUCCUUUCUAAAGAACAGGGGAAAGAGAAGCUGAAUUUGAUACAAUAAAGGACGACUACAUGGGUGCAGAGGUCUCCCCUGAUGCAUUUCAUCCAGCAAGUACUGUAAAAGGACUUAAGUCAUCCUUAAUAUACUUAAUAAUACUGUGCAGUCAUUUGAACUGGGGUCCUCUCUCAUGUAAUGAAAAAUACUAAACUGAAGCCUAUGAAUAUUCUUCUGGAACGUGCAAGAUUCAUUGUAUUUAUUUCAGUUAUUUAUUUUUCUCUGCUGUACAGGGUGAUGUUUUUUCUGUUUUGUGCAGGUAUCAGAAUAUAUGUCGUUCAUUUAUGGGUACAUUUCCUUGUCUUUUUU